AUUCUUUAUCAUUUCCAUUCGCUUGCCGCCCAGACGCAGGGAAUGCCGCUCCCUCUCUCCCGCCUCCGCACCACCGCUCCCCGUCUUGCUUCUUCACGGCUCAAUCUCUUCCCACACUACCACUACCACCAACCAUUCGCCUCCUUUUCGUCCUGCCCACCACUCUCUUACCCCACCUCCAGCACCGCGCCAAAGACACCCCCCCGAAAAUCGUCCUCAGAACUCAAAAUCCUCCCGUGCUUCAUAAUUGUCCUGAUCGGCAGCGGCGCUUACGUCCUCCUCGUCAAAUCGCGAACUCCGAAAAAUGUCAUCCCCACAGAAGACACCAACAACUGAAACUGCAGACUCAACAACCCCAAUUCCUGCAGAACUCACGCCUCCUCUCUCCUCCACAAACACCACCCCCAAAUUCUCCCCGGACGCCGUCAUUGUCGUCUUCGUCCUUGGUGGCCCGGGCUCCGGCAAGGGCACCCAAUCUGCCAACCUCGUCCGCGACUAUGGCUUCACCCACCUGUCCGCCGGCGAUCUGCUGCGUGCCGAGCAACAGCGCGCUGGCUCGCAAUACGGCGACCUGAUCCGCCACCAUAUCCGCGAGGGCAUCAUCGUGCCCAUGGAGAUCACCGUGGCGCUGCUAUCGAAUGCCAUGGCCGAAACUCUUGAGCGGAAACGAGCGCAGCGGCAGCAACAACAAAAACAGCAAGAAGAAGAAAAAGAAGAAACCCCUUCUUCGAGCAUUGCCAACGACAGCAGGCCCGCCCGUUUCCUCAUCGACGGCUUCCCACGCAAGAUGGACCAAGCAACCUUCUUCGAGGAGACGGUCUGCCCCUCCGCGGCGACGAUAUUCCUGCGCUGUCCCGAGGAUGUCAUGCUGGAGCGGCUACUGAAGCGCGGCAAGACCAGCGGCCGUGACGACGAUAACAUCGAGUCGAUCCGCAAACGAUUCCGCGUCUUCGAGGAGACGAGCAUGCCCGUUAUCCACCAUUAUGAGAAAGAGGGGAAGGUUGUGAGUGUCGAGGCCGUGGGGACCAUGGAAAAUGUCUAUGCGAGGAUUAGGGAGGGGGUGGAGCGGAGGGGGAUUACGAGCGUCACUGUGCCUGAGGAGAAUUGAAGGGAUGGGAAUGGGAUUUAUUGGGUGAUGGUUAGUUUGGCGAGGGCGUAAGGAAAAGUGAAUGAUUUUUUUUCCCCUUUUAUAUAUAUACAUCUCUCUCGGAUCUUGGUCCUUCUCUCUUUUCACUGUUUAUUUCUGCAACGCAUGGCGGGAUGGUAUGAGCAUUUUCUUUAUUUUCUAUUUUCUAUUUUCUAUUUCCCCCUUAUUUCCCUACACAUGGAUAGAAUGGAUAUUUCCCCUCUCAAAUUAU